AUGGAUACGAGUACGCCGACUCUCCAAGGCAAAUCAUCGGAAGGUGUCGAUGAUAAGGUGGAUGAGGAGCCAACUGCAGAGCCAAACAGAAUCGUGGAGCGUCGGACCAAUCCACCGACAGUAACUCCGAAACAGCUCAGCCUAAUCCCUUUACAUUAUAAAUUCCGAUCUCUGCGUCCGCUCAGUUUGCGAAUUGAUUCAGCUCAAUGGGACCCGUCAUUCUCUCUACCGCCGGCUUCGGACGAGCAAGUCGCUUUUCUUCUCACCAAUGGUGCUCGUCUGUCUGACUACAAAUGGAUUGGACUCUACGAUCAAUGCAACAAAAAAUCAAUCCCCCUGGUUUGGCUGCUGGAAGUGGAUCCUCCAAGGGAGGAGGAAAUUGGUCCAAUGAUCGCUUUAGAACGAAAUAUUUCUAGUGGAGAGGUGCGAAUAUUAAACUGCAACACAAUCCUAAUUCCAUCUCUCUUCUAUGCAGCCGAUCGGAAGCAACCAAACACUUUCUUUUUCAUCGGAACUGGCAACGUCACAGAGAAUGCUCAGCAAACGAAGGCUCGAGCGAUCGGAUACGAACUUGACGAUCCGUUGGAACAGCAUUACGGUGAUGACGUGAUGGUCCGUCUACCGCGAGGUGUUCGCACCUUUGACGUAGAUUUUCUGAACAUCUAUAACGAAGACGUGAAGCGAACUGACGAUCCGUUGGAACAGCAUUACGGUGAUGACGUGAUGGUCCGUCUACCGCGAGGUGUUCGCACCUUUGACGUAGAUUUUCUGAACAUCUAUAACGAAGACGUGAAGCGAACGUAUGGCUACGUGAUUUUGCCCAGCUUACUUGUUCCACCAUGCGCUGACGAUUUAUGA